AUGGAGGAGAGCAGCUUAUUACUCUGCGACGAGGACUGGCUUAGAAUUAGCCCUGUCCAGCCUUACCCAAUUCACAAGGAUGAUGAUGAUGAUGAUGAUGAUGAUAGUGUAAGCAGGAGGAGCACCACCAAUGUUGUUGUUGGUUCGUUCUACACCACCACCACCACCACCACCAGAGAAACCAGAGAAGACCGUGAAAAUGCUCUUAAGGUUUUGUUGCAGAAAGAGAAAGAGAUUGGUUAUAUGCCGGAAGCUGCUGGAUACAUUGAACGUCUCUAUUCCUUGGAUUUAAUGACCACCAGAUUCAAAGCUGUUCGUUGGUUUAUCAAGUCUCAAUGCCGGUUUAAUCUUUCUCUAGGAACUGUCUUCAAUGCUGUGAAUUACUUUGAUCGAUUUGUUUCCGCAGAGUAUUCCGAGAAAUGGGAGAAUUGGAUGAUUGAAUGGGUCUCCGUUGCAUGUUUGUCGAUCGCUGCCAAGUUCGGAGAAGUAUCAAUCCCUCAGCUUCAGAUAUGGGAGGAUCAUGAGCUUUGGCUGAAACCAAUAACCCCCACCAUCCAAAGUAUGGAACUGAAGGUAUUGAAAGCGCUUGGAUGGCGCCUCAAUUGCGUCACACCUUACUCUUACGUGGAUUUGCUUACGUGCCAACUUGAUUCUCUCAUCCAGCCAUCUCAAGUUCAGGUUGACUCCUCCUUUCGCCUCACUGAACUCAUUCUUCUGGCCACUCUUUCAAAUCCUAAGUUUCUGGAGUUCAGGCCUUGUACCAUUGCAGUAUCCGCGUUCAGAUGUUGUCUAGAAGAAAUGUUUCCUUCCAAAACCGAUAAACAUCUCUCCAUUAAUAUUCAACAUCUCAUCCCUCCAGAGUUAAAGGACGAUAUGGACAAAUGCUACAAAGCCAUGGAAGAACAUUUAGCGGAUCCUCUAUACAAUGGAAUGACUUUUGGGCACUCUUGUGGCCCUUCCAGUCCCAUCACUCUAAUCACCAAGGAGACCACCUUGGAUCGCCUUGCUCUCUUUGAUCUCCAUUGUUGUUGCCUCAACUCCAAUCCAAAGAAACGAAGGAGAGAAGAAGAAGAAGAAUGCACGGUUUCUUCAUAG